AUGCCUAUCGCUACACCAAUCACCAACGGACAUGCGCCCAACUCUAACGGUCCUAUCAAGACCAAUGGUCACCUCAAUGGUCAUACCAACGGUCACUCUAAGCAAGGUGUAGCUUUCACCGAAGCUCGACUUGCCAAACCUCCCAGCAAGCUUCUCCAGCUAUAUGAGAAUCUCCCGACCGUCGAAAGGGAGAAGAGACAAUUCGACAAAUUUCUUCAGAUUGAUCUGGCUCAUCUUGUAAUGAUCACCGAACAGUCCAUCAUUCCACUUUCGAUCUCUCGACAACUCUUCCCUGUCUUACUUGAUAUUCGAUCUCAGGGAGGUGAUCAGAUCCCACUCGAUAUGGCCAAUGGUACAUUACUCCUUCAGAUCGAGGCUGUCUUGGCCUCAAGAUUGGGCGAGGACGUCGCUGGAAUGCUUCAUACUGCCAGAUCAAGGAUUGAUCAAGGUGCCACUGCUCGAAGAUUAUUCAAGAGAGAUAAAUUACUUGAAGUCAUGUCUUUCAUCCUCGAUCUUCAGAAAAUCUUGAUCAGAGUAGCAUCAGAGCAUGUGGAAACCAUCACACCAACCUAUACACAUUUGCAACAUUCCCAACCUGGUACAUUCGGUCAUUACCUGUUAUCCUAUGUUGAUAAGCUUCACGACGACUUCGAAAGAUGUAAAGACUGUUUCGAACGAACCAAUCGAAAUCCCCUAGGAGGUGUAGGUCUCUCGGGAACUUCAUGGCCUAUCAAUCGAGAACGAACGACCGAGCUUUUAGGAUUCGACUCUACAAUCUAUCAUUCUAAAUUAUCCAGAGAAGCAUUUUACGCUGCUGAGAUUGCUUAUACACUUUCAUUCGUCAUGGCUACCCUUAACGACCUCGCAACCGACCUUCACCUGUUUUCAAGUGUUGAAUUUGGCUUGAUAGAAUUGGACGAUUCGUUCUGUAGUACCAGUUCGAUCUUCCCUCAAAAGAAGAACCCGGUAACGCUAGAAGCUCUCAAAGCUAAUGCUGGAGGAGCGGUCAAUUGGGGGUCUACAGCUCUAGCUACAUUUAGAGGUGAGGGAACCGGUGAUCAGGGUAUAAGAUCGGUACCAUUAUUAGAUUCUGCAUUUACAACUACCUCGAAUAUGCUUCAAUUGAUGGGUGGGAUAGUCGAUACGUUGCAAGUCAAAUCGGAAAGGAUGAAACAGCUUCUCAAGACUAGCUGGUGUACAUCAAGUAAUCUUGCGGAUAUCCUUGUUAGGAAUAACGGAUUGUCAUUUAGACAGGCUCAUCAUGUCGUAGCUAGAUUAGUGAGGAUCUGUGAACUGGAGAAUAUCCCCAGAUCUCAAGUAUCUCAGCAGAUUUUGAGAAGAGCAGGAAUGGAAACGCUUGGUCAUCCUGUUGAUAUGUCUGAUACGGAACUUCAAGCUUCGCUCGAUCCUGAAGAGUUCGUCAAGACCCGAGUCAGUGCUGGAAGUGUUAGUCCGAGAGAGGUCAAUGAGAUUUUGGGGAUGAGUUCUGAAGCGUUUAAAGAGGAUGUUCAAUGGCUGAAGGGUAAGAAAGAUCAGAUCGAUCAGUCGAAAUUGAAGCUCAAGAGGUCUAUCGAGAGCAUCAUGGGGUAG